CUCGGCCCCUCUCCCGCAGCUCCCAACAUGGCGGCGCCGCGGCCCCGCCCCUCCGCGCUGGGCGGGAAACGCGGCCGGGCGGCUGAGGGCUGCGCCAUGGGGGAGGCGGAGGGCGAGGAGCGGCUCCUCCUCACCCAGAGGCUGAAGGCCGCGGUUCACUACACGGUUGGCUGCCUGUGUCAGGAUGCAGCAGAAGACAAAGACAUCCAAUUCAGCAAACAAACGAUUGCAGCUAUUUCAGAGAUCACCUUCAGGCAGUGUGAGAACUUUGCAAGAGACCUUGAAAUGUUUGCAAGGCAUGCAAAACGAAGCACAGUCACUACAGAAGAUGUGAAGCUUUUGGCUAGAAGGAGCAAUUCUUUGCUGAAGUAUAUCACCCAGAAGAGUGAAGAGAUCACAGCAAGUAACAUGGAGCAAAAGAAGAAAAAGAAGUCCAGUGCAGUUAAGGGAGGGAGAUCUUCUGGGGAAAAAGAAGCAGCUGUGACUGAAAGUGAAGAUUCCGACGUGGCAUGAUUUACCUUUCAAGUAAUGUCUCUGGCCACUUUCUCUUAUUAUCCUAGAGGAAGCAGUAAUGAGUCUUUAGUUUUUUAGGUGAACAUGUUUAGUUGGAUUUUUUUGUUCCAAAAAUGAAAGAUCUGCCAGAAUUCAGUAAAGCUUUCAGCCAAAAUGCCUUAAUUACGCACAAAAAGGUAUCUUACUGUUAUUAAAAUUGUAAAUAAAGAGUUUAAAGCAGAA